AUGCACUAUCAAAGCAGAAAGGAAUGGAUAAGUACGGACAGGGAGCAAUAUAAUCAGUAUUUAAUCAGUACAAUAUCAAUCAAUAUCAUCGAUAACCGCGUAGCCGGUGGAACGAAAACACCUGAAGGGCGAGCUAAAAACAUGUGCGUUGUAUUCCGGGCGAACCCUAUCAUGUACCACCUCACCGCGGACUGCCUCUUCGUCUGCUCGUAUAAUUGUCGGACUAUUGCAUCGGAUGCUGAUCUUCGAACACUUUUGCUGAGGAGUCGUCAGAUCAAGUACGAUGUUAUCGCUAUACAAGAAACGAAGGGCAGAACGGAAACCAUUAGGAAAACCGAUCACAACGAGCUGCUUAUUGUUGGAGCCAAGGUGGAUGGCAAGAAUGUCGGCGGAGUUGGAUUUCUCGUAAACCAGGCAGUGGUCCACCUAGUCGACUCUCACAAAAUCGUACCAUAUCCAUUAUCAAGGGAUAUGCGUUAUCCAUUAUCAAGGGAUAUGCGUCCCAGCUCCGCCGCCACUGACGAAGAACGCGAAGAAUUUUACCAGCUUCUGGAAGAUACGGUUCAGAAUGAGAGAAGUUACUACAAGUAUGUGUUGGCACGAACCACAACGGCGAUUGGCGACUCGGGUCUCACGUCGAACAGUCGAAAUGAGAAUGGAGAAAGGCUACUUGAUUUGCUAUGA